AGAAGAAAGAGAAAGGGAAAAGGAAAGAAGGAAUAGGAACUAGGAAAGAAGGUCAAAAGUUAUAAGAACACAAAGCCUCUUCUUUCUGAGCAGUUAGUUGCUGCUUGAAUCAGCUAACUAAGCUAUUUACACCAGGUCGGCUUAUCAGUAGCACAGAGAGAUAUUCUUCCCCCUUUCCUGCCCCACUACAGAGAAGUGACUUCCCCAGCAGGGAAUUCCUCCAUGGAGUCCUCUGACCUAGCACUGCAGGGACUGAUGCUCUUUCUGUUAUUGUUUCUGAUGGGACAAGCUAAUGUGUAUACCAGGGCAGGAGAGAAACGAUGGAGUGGGGAAGGCACUAAUCCCCACCUGGAGAGUAUCUUCCUGGGCAGAUGCAAUGAGUAUAUCUCCGUGGUGAACCCAGAACUCAGUAAGAAAAACUGUUCAGCAAUAUGGGAAGCCUUUGAAUCUGUGGUCCACAAGGAUCCCUGCUCUGUACUGCCUUCAGACUAUGACCUUUUUAUUAACCUGUCGAGACACUCCAUUCCCAGAGAUAAGUCGUUGUUCUGGGAAAAUAACUACAACCUUGUUACUGCUUAUGCUGAUAACACCCGCCGGCUGAUACCUGUAACUGAUAUGCUAUAUGGCAGAGUAGGAGAUCUCAUCAAUUGGUGUCGACAAGAAAAUGGCUCAGGUUUUGAUUAUCACUCCUGCCCCACAGUAGAAGACUGUGAGAACAAUGCUGUAGACUCCUUCUGGAAGAGAGCAUCCUCACAGUAUGCACAUGAUAGCUCAGGGGUGAUACAUGUUAUGUUGAAUGGUUCAGAGCCAUCUGGAGCCUAUCCAGUAGAGGGGUUUUUUGCAGAUUAUGAGAUCCCCAACUUCCAGAAGGAUAAAGUCACACAAUUUGAGAUCUGGGUUAUGCAUGAAAUUGGAGGACCAUAUUUAGAAUCCUGUGGGGAAGGCAGUGUGAAAAUACUGGAAAGGAGACUGAAAAAUAUGGAGUUUAAAUAUGAAUGCAUUAACGAUUACAGACCUGUGAAACUCCUAAAGUGUCUGGACUACACUGCCCACGCUGACUGCAUCUUUAAUUUAGCAGCAGAAUCAACACAACAAAGAUUCCCUUCUCUUUUUGGAGGAAAAUGGGACCCCAGCCUUCUAUUUUUUCUUUUCCUGGCACUGGCUUCAGAAAUUCAACUUUAACUUCUUAAUGAAAUAAGAGAUUUUCUGAGAGUGAUCCACUCCUAAAAGAGACUUUAGGACUGCAUUGGGCCCCUGCACAACACCAUUGAUUUUCUUUUCAUAGAAGAUAGCAACUUAUUGGGAGUGACAAUAGCCUAUAGCUUUGUAGAAAUGUCUACUCUCUAAAUCAUGGAGGUUUUGGCUGCCUAAAUUAAUAUAGAGACAUUUCCAGAUGAAUUUUACAUUUUU